UAUUAAUUUUUAAAAGGUAUAAUUUUAACGAAAAAAACAARAACAAAAUUCAGCAAUUUUAAUAUUGUUUUUGACGCAUAAUURUAAAUUCUAUUUAGAAUUGGCAAUAACUCUACAUUACUGAGGUGCGCUGAGAAAUUCAAAACAACAACAAUAACUUGCACAUUUAAAGAAAAAAAUURUCCUAUAAUCCUGUUGCGUCCAACUGCAUACACAGCUUGCGCUCAAUAAACACAAAACUUAUGCGUUACUAAUAAUAUGCCCAGCAACUGCAGCAUCCUYCAAAAUUAACCUCCGCAAACAGUAAUUAUAACACAAAAGCAACUACCUACAAACAACUYGUAAAGAUCUUUACAAGUAAAAAUAUACUUUAAUACUUUAGCAGCCGAAAUAAAAUUUAAAAUUCAAUAGAAAUUAACUAGACAUGCUGUGAAUUUUGUGCGAAAUAACGAAACAUAAAAAUUAUUCUCUCCGAUUUGUUAAUUAAUAAAAACUUAAAGAAAAAGUGUAUUUAAUUUGUGUAAAACAACUAUAAAGAACAAGCGUCGUAGCUGCUUAAAAUUUGUGAACUUCAUACAAGAACCACAACAGCGUGCAAAUACGCACGUGAGCUUCAAGCCAUCCAAACCAAGCACCAACAAUCAAUCUAACGCAGUCAUUCUAAAAAGGAUUAAAAGUGGAAGACAUAACGGCAAAAAUGGUUAAUAAACAAUACACAGCCACCGAUUUGGAGGCUUUUAUGAAACUCGCCGUCAAUUGGCAGAACAGCAAUCACAACUUGCUGGAAGGAGUUGAUAUAAAAGGAGAAAUGCAACAGUAUAUGAACAGUCCAGCCAUGAAUAUGUAUAAAAAACGUGAACGCACACAGAAUUGGAAUCAUCAAGAGAAAAAAUUUCUGCUCGAUUUGUGUCGGAAGGAUAUGCGUAUUAUAGAAAACAAAAGACUYGAUGCGGGACUAACAGCGGUCAAGAAUAAAGCCUGGAAGAUCAUACAUCAGAAAUUCUCAAGUCAAUUCGGAACAGAUCGUACGUGUAAUCGUUUGAAGGAGCAAUGGCGACGCAUGAAAGCCUGUACGCGUAACGAAAUAUUGGACUACAACAAUCGCUUGGCCAGAUUCGGUGCUGAGGUUGCCGAUCGCAAAAAGCCAUCACCGUUCACRUUCGAAGUGUGGGAAUUCAUGCAGGAGGCAAAGAAAGCCUGCAAAUCUGAAGCUUUAGAUGGCAUUGACUACUCCAAGAUACCGUUGGCGCUCGAGGAGGACUACGAGUAUCGUGAGGACGAGCAGAAUGGSGAGGAUGACCACGAUAUGGACGACAGCCGCACACCACCACAGGAGCUCUGCGAUGUCGACAUCAAGGAGGAGACCAAUGAGACCUUCAACGACACCAACACACACAAUGAUUCAAUGGCGCUCGGUGAGCGCUUAUCGUCCUCCUCGCCGAAUCUCAGCCGCUUGGGUGCACAUCACGACCUCGAACGCGUCAGCCUACACAGUCCAGCCGGCAAUAUGGCGACGGCCAGCGAACUCGCCAACACCAGCUAUUUGUCACAGAACGGCGCUAGCGGUGGCGCCGCGGUCGGUGGCAGCGCYGGCGAUAUGGGSGCCUUCCAGCCCGCCUUCAAUAUGAGCAACAUCUCGGCAACCUUGGAAGCUUUGAAUGCGUUGCGUACCGGACAAUUUCCCUCAGCCGCUGCUGCUGCUGCCGCUGCCUUACAGAAUAACUUCGCCGCCGCUGCCGCGCAACAACAACAGCACCAACAACUUAAUCAACAGCAACCACAACAACAACAACAAAUGUCACCUCGUGAUGAUCAGCCAUUGGUGAAGCGUCCACGCAGCUCGAGUGGCAGCGCAAACGGUGAAGAGGUCUUACAYGAUUUAUCYAUGAAUGGCGCCGCCGCCGCAGCCGCUGCCAAUGUCGCAACGGUUAACACAGCCAACGCGCCCAUCGGCGCCAGCAAUGGUGCUGGCAUGAGCGCCUUGGGCGCGUCCACCAGCAGCACGCCAGAGAUGCGCGCCUUCAUGGAGAUGCAGAGCAAAGAGCACCUGAUGCGCAUGAAGAUACUCGAAGUGCAGCUGCAGGCGGCCAAAUAUAAUCGUGAUCUGGUCGAGAUCAAUAAGACUUUGGCGCUGCAGAAGUUGCAGGAGUUGGCCAGCAAGCGCUUGACCAGCUAAACUAGGCGCGUGUGAUUAACGGUGGAUGGAAAUUGUUGCGUAACAAAGUAUUUAACGGUGGUUUUUAUAGGAAAUGUUUGCGUAGUGAGGCAACGGUACUUUGCGUACGUGUGUAAAAGCUGGCUGCAGUUCGGUAAAGCGCUGGCACACAAUUGUGUUACAUAACGACGAUUUACCUUUUUCGUUUUUUGAAUCAGUUGGAGAAAAUAAUAAUUAUAAUAGUUCGURUUGCGUUUWUGUAUUUUUUUGUAUGGAAAUAACAUUCCCGUUAGCAGCAGUUAUGUAUUCAAAACCUAAUUUACUGUUACAGCUUAGAAAUAGUUGCUCUUUCGUUUGUUACUGUGUUGCAUGCCACAAAUUUUGUAGAAAAACAAUGAAAUAUAGCAAAAAAAGAAAUUAUUAAAAUAAAAUGUGAAAUCUUACUUAUUUCCUUUUUUUUGCAUUUUCUGCCAUAACAGUAUUUCAGAAUAGUAGUAGAACACAGCACAUAAAAGUAUUACACGAAACACAAAUAUAGGAAGAAUCAUAUCGAUUCACAAGCAAUAGUUAACGCAAUAGCCCUACCUCAGUGGUGUAAACCUACAAAYUACAACAAAAACAAAGCGAAAUAGAAAACUUAUAAAAACAAUUAACAAUAAGCCAUAAUCGUCCAAACUUAUUAAAACGAA